AAUCGACCGUAAAUAACAGAACCUGCCGUCGUUUCACUGCUGUUCAUUUCUUUUCGCUGCAAGUUGCAACAGUUGUGUUCUACCCAACCCUGUUGUAGAUUUAUCGUUUUAAAUAACGAAUUAAGCUUUAAUUCACGUGUAUUUUGUGUGUAGUUACGCAACUUUUUUUGUGUAAAGUUUGAGCAACUCCGGCAUCAUUCCUCUGAAAUGGCAGCACUAACGAAAGGAGUUUUCAUUGUGGCGGCCAAGCGCACCGCUUUCGGUACAUUCGGUGGAGCAUUUAAGAACACCAAUGCAACGCAACUGCAGACGGUAGCGGCAAAGGCAGCGCUUGAUGCGGCCGGUCUAAAGCCGGAUCAGGUUGAUUCCGUUAACAUCGGUCAGGUGUUGGUGCUGUCGUCGACCGAUGGUGCGUUCCUACCCCGGCACGUGUCGCUCGGAUGUGGUGUUCCAAUCGAGCGACCAGCUCUCGGCGUGAAUCGUCUAUGCGGGUCCGGGUUCCAAGCGGUAGUAAACGGAGCACAGGACAUCCUUGUAGGUGCGGCACACAUUUCGCUCACCGGUGGUGUUGACAAUAUGUCCCAGACACCGUACACGCUGCGCAACAGCCGUUUCGGUAUUCCGCUCGGAACUAGCCCUGCGCUAGAGGACGCACUGUGGACCGGUCUGACUGACUCCUACUGUAAGCUCCCGAUGGCACUGACGGCAGAAAACCUCGCCGAAAAGCAUAAGAUUCCACGUGAGAAGGUGGACGAGUUUGCGUACCGUUCGCAGCAGCUCUGGAAGAAGGCAAAUGAUGAGGGCGUAUUUAAGACGGAAAUUACUCCAUUCAAGCUAAAGAUUAAGGGAAAGGAAGUUAACUUUGCGGUCGACGAACAUCCGCGUCCGCAGACCACCCUGGAAGGAUUGGCAAAGCUUCCGACGCUGUUCAAAAAGAAUGGUGCCGUUACUGCAGGAACUGCUUCGGGUAUCUGUGAUGGUGCUGCAGCAGUUGUGGUUGCUUCGGAGGAAGCGAUCAAGAAACACAACCUGACACCGUUGGCUCGUUUGGUUGCGUACAGCACGGUCGGUGUGCCACCGGAGAUUAUGGGCAUUGGUCCGGUACCUGCUAUUCGGAACGUACUAAACGUGGCCGGCCUCAAGAUGGACGAUGUGGAUCUGUUCGAGAUCAAUGAAGCGUUCGGCGUACAGACGCUGGCUUGCGCACAGGAACUCGGUCUCGAUAUCAACAAACUUAACCUGAACGGUGGUGCAAUUGCACUUGGUCAUCCGCUUGGCGCUUCCGGAUCGCGUAUUACUGGUCAUCUUGUGCAUGAGCUGAAACGAAAGAACCUCAAACGAGCUGUUGGAUCGGCCUGCAUUGGAGGAGGACAGGGCAUUGCGCUGCUGCUGGAAGCUGUUUAGUAGAAGCGCAAUCACUAACAAUCUAUCCGGGAAGAGCAAUGGGAAACGUACCUCAAAACAAAGUGUGUUUAUUUUUCUAAAAAAAAAACUGGUUGAAAAUAGAUUGUGAGCAAAGUUGUAGUAGUAUUUUUAAGAAUCUUCAACGAGUAAACAAAGCAUUUUUGUCUAAACAUUAA